AAAACGGGGAUGAUUAGUUGCUGUGUCCUUCACCCGAAGAUCAAUACACCAUCACCAUCAUCAUGUUCAUCCAUGGCGGAACUCAAGCAGCACCACUCCCUUCUCAUCCGCCUCGGCCUCUCCUCCGACAACCACGCCAUCUCCCCACUUAUCACCUUCUCCUCCCUCUCUCCAUACGGCGAUCUCCGCUACGCUGUCACCCUCUUUUCCACCCUCUCAAACCCUGACACCUUUCUCUUCAACACUCUUAUCAGAGCCUUCUCCCUCUCCCAAACCCCCUCCACUUCCCUCCUCUUCUACUCUGACAUGCUCCAUCGCUCUCUCUCACCCAACAACUUCACCUUCCCCUCUCUCAUCAAAUCAUCAUCACUCUCCGCUACAAUUCACCAUGGCAGACAGGUCCAUGCCCAUGUUCUCAAGUUUGGGUUUGGGUCGGAUGUUUAUGCUCUCAAUGCCUUAGCUCACAUGUAUGUUGGUUUUGGUUUGUUGGGUGAUGCAAGGAAGGUGUUUGAUAGAAUGACUGUGAGGAGUGUUGUGUCUUGGACUAUUAUGAUUUCUGGGUAUUCUCAAUGGGGGCUUGUGGACGAGGCUCUCGCUGUAUUCGAGCUCUUGCCACAGAAGAAUUCUGUUGCUUGGAAUGCUGUCAUUGCGGCUUUCGUAGGCAGCAAUCGGUUUCGAGAGGCUUUUGGUUUGUUUCAUAGGAUGAGGAAGGAGCAGGAGGUGGAGCUGGAUAUGUAUGUAGCUGCUACCAUGCUUUCUGCUUGUACUGGAGUUGGUGCUUUGGAGAUGGGAGAGUGGAUACAUCGGUAUGUUGUGAGGAGUGGGAUUGAUUUGGACUCGAAGCUCGCUACGACCAUUAUUGACAUGUAUUGCAAGUGUGGUUGUCUGGACAAGGCUUUUGAGGUGUUCAGUGGGUUGCAGCUGAAAGGCCUUUCUUCAUGGAACUGCAUGAUUGGAGGGUUUGCAAUGCAUGGAAAAGGAAAAGAUGCUAUUAGGCUUUUUAGGGAGAUGGAGAAAGAGAUGGUUUCCCCUGACAGUGUUACCUUUGUCAAUGUCCUGAGUGCUUGUGCUCAUUCAGGGUUAGUUGAGGAAGGCCGCUAUUACUUUCGUUACAUGACAGAAGUUCAUGGCAUUGAGCCUGCAAAGGAGCAUUAUGGCUGCAUGGUUGAUUUGCUUGCCAGGGCUGGAAGGCUGGAGGAAGCAAGAAAGGUCAUAGAUGAGAUGCCAAUGAACCCUGAUGCUGGUGCAUUAGGUGCACUUCUCGGAGCUUGUAAAAUCCAUGGAAACCUCGAGUUAGGAGAGGAAAUAGGCAAGAGGGUGAUUGAGCUAGAGCCUGGAAAUAGUGGCCGUUAUGUACUACUAGCUAACAUAUAUGCUGAUUGUGGUAAAUGGCAAGAAGUUGCUAAUGUGAGGAAAGUGAUGAAUGAUAGAGGAGUGAAGAAGGUGCCUGGCUUUUCGAUGAUCGAAAUGGAGGGUACUGUUAACGAAUUUGUUGCAGGAGAAAGGACUCAUCCUCUGGCUCAAGAAGUGUAUGCCAAAGUUGGUGAGAUAUUGGAAUCAAUCAAGAUGGUUGGUUAUGUUCCGAAAAAUGAAGGUGUGUUGCAUGAUCUUGCUGAGGAAGAAGAGGAGAGUCCCCUGUUCUAUCAUAGCGAAAAGCUUGCAAUUGCUUAUGGGUUGUUGAAAACUAAACCAGGAGAAACCUUGAGAAUCACCAAGAAUCUGAGGGUUUGUAAAGACUGCCACCAAGCAUGUAAAUUGAUCUCAAAAGUUUAUGAGUGUGAUAUAAUUCUAAGGGACAGGAAUCGUUUCCACCAUUUUAGCAAUGGGAGUUGUUCUUGUAAUGACUACUGGUGAAAAUCAAUUACCAGUACUCAUUUUGUAAUUACAAAUGUUAGAUGACCAAUAUUUUUUUUAUUAUAUUUGAGCUAAUAGUAACCAA